AUGUCAUCGUCUGAAGAUUUAAGCAUGGAUAAUUUAGAUUCGGAUUCUUUAAGACCAGUAUACAAUUUAAUUGAACUGAGAUUAGAAGAAUACAAAGACAAUGAAUUAGUUCUUGAUGCA